CAGAAUCACACCCCGGGUAGAAUCCACCAAAGUUCGAUCAAAGUGAAGUGAAAUGAAUUUUCUUACAAGUUUAAUAUGUUUGAGCCUAACGACCGCGAGUCUGGCGUACACAGAAAACCAAAAAUUGACACUAAACUAUAUCACAGGAAAAUGUACGGAAAAGUUGGACAUCGAGUUCAACGGUGAUUUUACGGAACAGUGGUCAAACACCGGAGUCCUUUUCCCGGAUGAGGAAAAAUCGAAAAAAUUUGCAUAUUGCAUCGAAAGCAUGGUCGACGCGGUAGAAGCUGAUGGAAUGAUCAACACUCAAAAUCUGGUUGCUUUUCUGAGCGAUAGUCACGACGUUCAGGCAAUGAUGGAACUCAUUGAUGAAUGUAACACGGGUGAGGGAGACACCCCCGAAGAUAAGGUGUACAACUUCUACAAGUGUUUCUGGAAUAACAUAUCAUUUGAGAUGUAACGGGAUGAGGAGGAAAACAAAUGUUUUAAUUUUCUGGUUUGGGCUUGAUGAUUAUUCAUGCUGUUACAAAUAUCACAUAUAGCAGCGUAUUUACCUAUUUCUUUAUUUGUUCUAUACCAAUAAACAAAACG